AUGUUUCGCAAGAUCUCUAUCACUAGAGACACCACACUCGAUUAUUUACUCUACACCUCCUGCACGUCUGACAUAGCGGGUUAUCUGGACAACUUACGAGAACUGGUCGUUGCCAAUCGGAGCUACAGGGAGGACCACCUUGCGUAUCGCCUGGCUGUUUUAUUCCCUCACUUGCCUUCCACGGUUCGCCGACUCGAGAUGUACAACACCUCCUGGUCGUACACGCCACCCGCUCUCGUUUUCUUCACUCUUUUUCACUCCCUCAAUACACUGAUACUUGUCAAUUGCAAAUUUGUCUCUUUCUCCGCAUUCCGACAGAUCAUCCGUGCGCUCCCCGUCGUCUCUGACUUGGUCCUUCGUUGCGUUAAAUGGGAAAGUUGCGACCCUGACGCUCCUACCGAUAGUCAAUUGCGCUUGACAGAGUGCCUGCUAUGCCAAGUGGAGAGUCUGGAUAUUGUCCUGCGCUGGCUGUACAACUGCUCUUCUUUACAUUCUCUGCGAGUGUUCGAUGCGCCUACAACGUCCGCGGUCUGGGCGGCAAUAGACCUCAGCGCUGAUGAACUUGACCUGGCAGAUUUGGACAAAAGAAGCCUAUCCAGCAUGGCGGAGCUCGUAUCUCAGCUUGUGAUGGAUGAUUUUGCUCAAUUCCAACUCCACAUCAAGCCAGGCCACUCACUAGGUGAAUCGGUUGAGUUGUAUGGUCAAGAUCCGCAGAGCAAUUGGAUCACGAAGAGAUAUAAUAUGGUCUGGUCAUUUGCUACGCCGCCUCGUAACCCGGUAAUCGCCGGUAUUGCAAGGUAUAUCAAAAGACGAAUAGGCUUGGAGGAACAUACCGUCCGAGAUAAAACACCUUUUGCUUGUCAGUGGGGCACGCCGCCGUGUGGCGCUAGUCUGGACGGUACUAUGUUUGGAUUGCAGCGUCAUAUCGCGGACGCCCAUCUCACAAAAAAGGAUGAAGCAUAUUCUCAGACUGGCGUGUUCUGCCAAUGGCAGCGACCCAUUCCGCUGAACAACGAUACAAGCGGUGUUUGCAAUACAGCACUUGCCGAGGAUCAUAUCGGAGAACAUGUUUUCACCAACCAUCUCGCUACAUAUCCCAGAAUGCCAUUCGCAGACAUUGACUCUGACGAGGCUACAGAUGACGAUUUUCGCGAUGAAAUGGACAGUCGCUGUGGCCUGACAUACCGUAGGUACUGCGUGAACUGCUACUUGCCUUCUACGGAAUCUAUAAUCAGGAAUCUUCGCGGUGACUUCGGCAUCGUUAAAAUGUCUCUCUUCAUAUGUUAUGUAUAUCAUACUCAAGUCGUGGAGGAUCAUCCUGUCCCAUCGCCUAUUUUCCUGUACGAAAAUGGUCAGAAACCGCCGAGUCUGAUUGAGACAUUGUCCCUGUUAAACCUAUAA